AUGAUUAAACAACAGCAACUUAAGGCGCAAAGCACCCAAGUCCUUCAGACCAUUACAUACGCCAUAUAUGCAUAUAAUUCAAAGAUGGCAGAACAAACACAAAGGUUGAAAUAUGGAGAUUUGGAGAUAGUAUUGAAAAAUGACCGUUUCGAAUUCGUUUGCAAAGGUGGUGCAGUGAUAUCAAAUAUAAAAGAAAUUUUAUUUAUGAAUUCAAAAAUUAAAGGAAUAACGGAUGAUAUAACAUCAAUUCCACCAGAAGAACAAAGAUAUUACGCAUUAAAUGCAUUUCCCAAAGUUUUGAAGAUUGGAAGAUUUAAUUUAAAUGAGGAAUUCAUAAAAGGUUUCCUAAACGACAUAAUGAAGAAAGCGGAUAAGGAAUAUGUGGCUAGUGAAUUAAAUAAGAAGGCAAAUUUGGUUUAUGUUGAUGAAAAAGAUAAUGAAAUUAAAGAAAGGGUUGAAUGGUAUCAUGAAUGGACAUCGAAGAUUUUUAAAACUAAAGCUGAUACAGGAUGGGUUUCAGGAUGUUUAGACCUUAAAGCAGAUAAAACUUAUGUUAACGAUGAGUUAGAGAAGAAAGCGGAUAAGGAAUAUGUUAACGAAAUAUACCAAA